AUGGUUGAAGACAAUUCUCCAUACAAGGCCGUGGCAACAAAGUGUAGACGCAGCCGCACCAAAUUCACAGAAGAGCAAUUGAAAAUCCUCAUUGAUGCAUUCAACAAAAAACCUUACCCGGGUUAUGCCAUCAAACAAAGACUUGCUUUGGAAGUCAACACUGAAGAGUCUAGGAUCCAGAUAUGGUUUCAGAAUCGAAGAGCUAGGCACAGGUUCCUGAAAAGACCUGAGAAGAACUUAGACUUAAGACAAGACCGAGCUUACCCUGAAGAGAACAUUCAAGGUGUGAGAGACAGACGAUGUCGUACCAGCUAUACUUCUUCCCAAUUACAAACUCUUAUGAAUGCGUUCAUGGAAAACCCUUAUCCUGGGAUUGAUUCCAGACAGCAACUUGCUGAAGAUAUUGGGGUUCCAGAGUCAAGAGUCCAGAUUUGGUUUCAAAACAGAAGAUCUAGACUCCGUAUCCAGAAGAAAAGAGAACCCGAAGAAGGUUCCGCCCAAAGACAAAACCAGGGACAAGAUCUCUGA